CACUGCCUUCCCCAAUAGAGCUGUCGUACGCAGUUUUCUCAAGCUGCCACAAGGGGCCUCCCAAACUCGCUGGCUUCAAUGCGGUUCCUCUAAGCAGUGAGCGGAUCUCUGUCGGAAAAAGCCAGUCACUUUUGAGCUCUCCCGUUCUACUCCGUGGGUUCCAUACCACAGCUGAUCAUAACAAUAAUAUAUAGCAAAUGUCAAAUUAACCUCAAACAAAUUUUUCUUAGUUUUAAAUAUUGUACGCACAUCUUAUUUUGCGACGACGUGGCAAUUAUAUACCAAAUAGAUCUUACAGCUAAACGCGUGGCCAUCCUGUGUAUGACACUAUGUAUGAAAAGAGAAAAAAACCAAAUUCAAUGCGUGCUCUUAUUCUUGUUGGAGGAUAUGGUACACGAUUGCGACCAUUGACACUUAGCCGACCUAAACCGCUUGUUGAAUUUGCAAAUAAACCCAUGCUAUUUCAUCAAAUUGAAGCAUUGGUGCAGAUUAAUGUAACCGAAGUGAUUUUAGCUGUAUCUUAUAGAGCUGAAGAGAUGGAAAAAGAACUUUGCGAAAAAGCUGAAAAGUUAGGUGUAACUCUAAUUUUUUCUCAUGAAUCGCAACCUCUAGGAACAGCUGGACCUCUUGCUUUAGCUAGAGAAAUUUUGUCUUCAGAUGAUAGUCCAUUUUUUGUUUUAAAUUCUGAUAUAAUUUGUGAUUUUCCUUUCAAGCAACUUUUGCAGUUUCAUAAAAAUCACGGCAAAGAAGGUACUAUUGUAGUAACCAAGGUUGAAGAACCUUCCAAGUAUGGUGUUGUCGUCUGCAAUGAUGAUGGCAAAAUUAAUAGUUUUAUUGAAAAACCUGUAGAAUUUGUAUCCAACAAAAUUAAUGCAGGAAUGUACAUUUUUAAUCCAAGCAUAUUAAAAAGGAUAGAUUUACGCCCUAUGAGUAUUGAGAAAGAAGUAUUCCCAGCUAUGGCCAAACAAUGUCAAUUAUAUGCAAUGGAACUAGAGGGUUACUGGAUGGAUGUUGGUCAGCCAAAAGAUUUUCUGACAGGUAUGGGGAUGUAUCUGGAUUCUCUAAAGCAAAAGACACCUGAAAAAUUGUACAAUGGACCAGGUGUAGUAGGAAAUGUUUUGAUUGAUUCUACAGCAAUCAUAGGAAAAGAUUGCAGAAUCGGGCCAAAUGUAACAAUUGGUCCUGGAGUUACACUCUCUGAUGGAUGUUGUGUCAAAAGAACUACCAUCUUGAAGGAUGCCAUUAUUAAAGAACAUUCUUGGCUUGAUAAGUGUAUUAUUGGCUGGAAAAGUGUUGUAGGACGUUGGGUCAGAAUGGAGAAUACAACUGUACUUGGAGAGGACGUUAUUGUGAAAGAUGAGCUGUAUAUUAAUGGAGGACAAGUAUUACCGCACAAAAGCAUUGCUGCAUCUGUGACAGAACCACAAAUAAUUAUGUAAAAUUAGAUUAAAUGAAAAUAAUAUAAAUUAACCAAAGACUGACUAUUGCUGAAAAACUAUAUAUCUAAAAACAAGAUUAUGUGUUUAUACGUACAGAAAAUGAAAAACAGAUGAAUAUUUUUUAUCAAAAAGUUUCUUGCAGAAUGCAUAGACGUAAUUGUUUACGCAAAUUUUCAAAAUACUGUUAACAACUAAUAUUUAAUAAUAUUUUUACAUG